AACUACCGACCUCCUCGAAGAAAGCCUAUAAAUUUCCGUCUCUUCUCUCCCGUGAGCAAUAUCAUCGAAUACGAAGAGAUAUAUAUAAGCUUCUUCCAGUUUUCUUCGGUUCUAAAUUCGCUUCCAGCGCCCUUCCUCCCGUGUUGCUCAUUCAGAUUACACUACACUGUCAAGAUGCAGAUCUUUGUUAAGACUCUUACUGGCAAGACCAUCACCCUUGAGGUUGAAAGCUCCGACACUAUUGACAAUGUCAAGGCCAAAAUCCAAGACAAGGAAGGAAUCCCACCUGACCAGCAGCGGCUUAUCUUUGCUGGUAAGCAACUGGAGGAUGGCCGAACCUUGGCAGAUUACAACAUCCAGAAGGAGUCCACCCUCCAUCUGGUUCUUCGAUUGAGGGGUGGAAUGCAAAUCUUUGUCAAGACUCUAACCGGGAAAACCAUUACUYUGGAGGUUGAGAGUUCUGAUACAAUCGACAAUGUCAAGGCCAAGAUCCAAGACAAGGAAGGAAUCCCUCCUGAUCAGCAGAGACUUAUCUUUGCUGGAAAGCAACUUGAAGAUGGUAGGACACUGGCUGAYUAYAACAUUCAGAAGGAAUCCACUCUCCACCUUGUUCUCCGUCUCAGAGGUGGAAUGCAGAUAUUUGUCAAGACCCUUACUGGGAAAACCAUCACACUUGAAGUAGAAAGUUCAGACACCAUUGACAAUGUUAAGGCUAAGAUUCAGGAUAAGGAGGGCAUCCCACCUGACCAACAGAGGCUCAUUUUUGCUGGAAAACAGCUUGAGGAUGGUCGUACCUUGGCCGAUUACAACAUUCAGAAGGAAUCCACCCUCCACCUUGUUCUCAGGCUUCGUGGGGGCAUGCAAAUCUUUGUCAAGACACUAACUGGGAAGACUGUUACUUUGGAAGUGGAGAGCUCUGAUACUAUCGAUAAUGUGAAGGCCAAGAUCCAAGACAAGGAGGGAAUACCACCAGAUCAACAGAGGCUUAUCUUUGCAGGGAAGCAGCUAGAGGAUGGAAGGACCCUAGCUGAUUACAAUAUCCAGAAGGAGUCUACUCUUCACUUGGUCCUCCGUCUGCGUGGYGGUAUGCAGAUCUUUGUGAAGACUCUUACAGGGAAAACCAUAACACUGGAGGUGGAGAGCUCUGACACCAUAGACAAUGUGAAAGCCAAGAUCCAGGACAAAGAGGGCAUYCCUCCGGAUCAGCAGAGGCUCAUCUUUGCUGGGAAGCAACUUGAGGAUGGGCGAACGUUGGCGGAUUAUAAUAUUCAGAAGGAAUCAACCCUCCACCUCGUUCUUCGUCUUCGUGGUGGCAUUUGUUGAGGCGUCCUGGACUCUCCUAGUUCCUGGCAUGUCUAUUCUCUGAAGUUGAUUGCUAAAUGUUUGAUGAUACUAUGAUAUGGUCUCUUUUCUUUUUCGUUUGUUCUGAUUUCUGAAGAGAUUUAUAUUAGUGGCGUUGAUGUCAUUUAUACUUCGUUAGAAAUGUGAUAAAAUUUUCAUUCCCUGAGUUUAUGUUUUAUCCUGAAUGAAUGAAUUGUUCAAGUUUAGUGGAGUGUCAUAGAACUUUGGCAAUUGCCUUUUUCGUCUAUGUUUAGGUGAUAUGGUUGAGUUUAUUUUGUGAGUGAUUGAGAUCAUUUCAACUUUA